CGAUUGUUGCUAUGACAAUAAGACCACAUGUUUAUACAAUUACAGUGUUCAGCAGCUAGCUAUUCCUACUCGGCAGCUGCCAAGUGCCAAGAUGGAAUCUUCAUGGUUAUUUCUCCUUCUGACUUAUAUCUUGUUUCCUAAAGAAGUUCACGGACAAGAUUUAAGCUGUCGCAUACUAAACAGUACUUAUGUUGCUAAUGGGACUGAUGUAUCUCUUAAUUGUACUACUCCAUCACCGAGUAUACGUUGGGAUUUACCUUCAGGUUCAGAGAUCUCCUUUGCAGGUUCAGACCCUGAAGGUGACAUCAAAAUGGCAGAUGGAUUCACUGCUACAUAUGUAGUAAGAGGAAUGCCUUCUACUUCUAGUCUUGACUUCACACUCAGUACAUCUCAUAAUGGAACAGCUGUUGCUUGCAUUGAUGCUAAUAUUAUUGGUGACGGCUCCAAAAGCUGUCUCAUCCUUGUAACAAUAUUUCCUCCUCAGAUCCCAUUAAAUCAAUCCAUUAACUCCAUUACAUUUGAAUCAGUUAUGUUACAAUGGAGUCCUCCUAGUUUUAAUGGAGGGUCAGUGAUCACUAGUUAUAUUAUCAGUGUUACUCCAUCACCUUCUGGUGAUAGUACAUGUCCAGGAGGACAGUGUAAUACAACUGGUCUAUCAUUUAAUGUCACUGGUCUUGAUCCUCAAGAAGAAUAUCAGUUUAAUAUUAGUGCUGUUAAUAUUGCUGGAAAAGGAGAGAGUGCUAGCGUUAAUGUGACACCAGUUACUGUAUAUCCUCCUCUAACCGAUCCUCCUCAAUUGUGUCUUAAUUAUUCUGAUAAUGAUGGACUUAUAUCAUCAAUAACAUGGAAUUGUUCCAGUAUUGGUAAUGCUACUACUCCACUUCGUACCAGCUACACUGUCUGUAUUAACAAUAACUGUUCAAUGGUGUCUCCUGGUUCUUGUUCAAUGUCACUACCAGUUAAUUGCAGUGAUACAUAUAAUGUUAAUGUAUCAAUAAAUAAUGUCAUUGGAUCAAGUGAUCCUAGUCCAACUGCUAGUAUCAAUACAGACAUUUUACAGUCACCAGUGGUUGAUAUAAAUAUGAUCACUGAUGAAUCUAUUAGGAUUAACUACGCACCAUUUAAUGCUUGUAGUAACUUCCCAUUGUCUAAUAUUAAUGUAAUAUUGAAUAAUCUUAAUACUAGCAGUAUGGAUACUAGAUCAGUGGCAUAUGAUACAAAUGGAAUGAUCACAUUGGGCUUAUUAAAUGCCAGUACAAGAUAUACAUAUUCAAUAUCAUUAGUGGUUAAUGGAAAUGAAGUUUGUGAUGGAUCACAAGUAAAUGGUUUUAUGACAAGUCCUACUGGUGACAAUGGUGAAGAUAAUACUCCUAGUCCUAGCCCUUCCCCUACACCUCCUACCACUACUUCUACAAGUACAAGUCCACUUUCUCUUGGAGCCAUUAUUGGUAUUGCAGUUGGUAUUGCAGUUGGGGUAAUUCUCAUCGUUUUAGAAGCCGUGUACAUCAUUAUUGUCAUUUGCUGUUGCCUCAGAAACAAAGACAAGUCAGUUAACUUCAAUCGAGGUAGCAGAGAUUCAGCAGCAGAGCCUAUUGCACUAGUGGAUAAGAAAGAUCAUGGCAGUAGUCCUGCAGCAGGUCAACCUAUAUAUCAAGAAGCAAUAUCCAGUGAAGACAUUCAAAGAGAGGCAGUGCCAACCACUGGGGAACUGUAUGCACAACCAAACAAAGGAUCAGUGAGACACCCUCCUCCUCAACCUCAGGCUGAACUGGCUACCUAUCAGGACCCCAGUACCAUACAGAGAACACAAGCACCUAAUAUGGAGUAUCUAUAUGCUGAAGUGGAUAAGUCUAAAGCACAGCAGCAGCCAGCACAAGUUGAUAAAGAGAAGAAGGGAGGUGAUGGUACAGUAUAUGCUGAUCUUGAUCUAAAGAAUACUCAGGGUGGUCCAGUCACUGAAAGUAAUCCAGCCAACAUCAUUUAUUCUGACGCCCAUAAUAAUUAGAGAAAACUGCUUGACUGAAGUAUUAUUAAUUAAUUAUAAUUAGUUAAAUAUUUGAUGCUGUAGUUUGUAGAGGCAAGUCAAGGAUUUUUGUUUUGUUGCCCUCGCCCACGCCGUAGGCGUAUAGGCGAGGGUACUGCGCUCAUGCUGUCAGUGUGUGUGUGUGUGUGUGUGUGUUAGCAAAAUUUUCAAUCAUGGAUGAUUUUUUGGCUCAUGCUA